UCUAAUAUAGUCUAUCACAUUUUUUAUUUCAUAUUCCAUGAAAAGAUGAAAUUCAUUUAUAUUUAUUAAAAGGGGAGAAUACAAAGUGACCAAACGUAAAUAUGUAAAAUCCAUCUGCAAUCCCUGGAAGGUUAAUUUUAAAACAUUUAAAAGAAAAAAGAUUAUCAAAUAGUUAUUAAUGUAUUGCAUUAAUUACAUAUAUGCAAUAUUUUUUUAUUAUUAUCUUGCUCAUAUUGCAUAUUUAUUUAGAAUAUGAUAUUUUUAAUAAUUUGACAAUUUUUUUAUUGCUCUGGUUUCCUCCUGCUUUAUUCUUAAUUAUAUUUUCACUUGAACCUUUUUGAACAGUUUUCAGUUUCGAGCUCAAGAGGUAAAACUUCAAGCUGUGGAUGGAACAAAUAUGCAGCACAAAUCAGGAGCGAAUAAAUGAUCAAUGCCGUUUUCAUGACAUGAUUAUUAAUCAAUAAAUACAGUUUGUCAAUUUGUGCCUCUGGGACUGAAAGCCAUUUGUUUCUUGCUGUCUCUCUCUUUUUUUUCAACCAACACACACACACACACACACACACACACGCACCAUCUGCAGCCCUCCCACUGACAAGUGCUGCUCCAAGUCAGCCGGUGGAAUAAAGUCUCACUUCUCGCCUGCUCUGCUCCCAACGAUGCGAUCUUCUCUCUACUUCCUGGCUUUCCUCUACCUGCGCUCCAGGGCAUCAGCUGAGUGGUGUUACCAGAGCCAGACCUGUGAUGACACAUGCAAAGACCCAAGCCGCUGGGCAGCUCUGUUUCCCAGAUGUGGAGGUUUACGCCAGUCGCCAAUUAACAUCGUGACCAAUAAAGUUCAUUUCAGCAGCGCCCUUCCUCCCUUCAGCUUCAUCGGACACACCGACUUAAUCAACAUCACCGUAGAGAACAAGGGCCACUCUGCUCACUUUGCUUUACCAGAGUCAGUGCGGCUGACAGGAGGCGCUCUGCCGGGUCACUACAGAGCCGCCCAGUUUCACUUCCACUGGGGAGAGAGAGGGACGCCGGGAUCAGAGCACACCAUUGAUGGAGAAAGAUUUCCCAUGGAGUUGCACAUAGUCCAUAUUAAAGAGCCUUACAGCUCUCUGGAGGAAGCAGAACACGAUAUGGCGGGCAUCGCUCUGCUCGCCCUCUUCUUUGAGGAAACAGCAGAUGAUCAUCCUCAUCUAGACACAAUAAUUGCUGCUCUGGGUCAAGUAAAAAACAAUGGCAGCAGCACAGUGAUUCCAAAUUUUAGACUGAGUUACAUCAUCCCGGCAGCCACUGAGCUUCACAGUUACUACCGCUAUGUGGGCUCCAUGACAACUCCAGGAUGUGAGCAGGCGGUUGCAUGGACAGUGUUUCAUAGGAUGCUGUCAAUCAGCAGUCGACAGCUGGACGYCAUAGUUAAACAGUGCAGAUUUUGGACAGGACAGCCCAUGACAAACAUCUUCAGACCCACACAGCCUCUGGAUGGCAGAGUAGUUUACAGCUCCAAGUCAGGCGCCGCUCAGAAGAGAGCGAGCCAAAUGUGUUUCGUCGUCCUCUCAGCYCUGUUCAUKCCAAUGAUCCUGAUACAUAUUAUUUAGAAGAUAUAAUCAUAUAAUAGAAAAAUCAAUUUGUUUCAAAUUA